AUGACACCAAGCAAGAACAAGACCUCCCAAGACAGCUUGGAGAGGAAGAGCUUCAUCCCCCGAGUGCUGCGUUCCGCAUGCGAGUCUCGUCACGAUGUUGAGGGCGAACGGAUUUCCGAAUGCGGUAAUCCGGGUCGAUCUCAAGUGGGUUACCUGUACAACGUUUCCAUUCGAGAGUCAAUCAGAACGGAAGAUAAGCUCCGCCAAGGGCCCACGGAAGAAAACUCGAAGAAUCAACUGAUCAAAAGUUUGGGGCCGCACCCACUUCGCAUCCACUCUCCCUCCACUCCAGUUGCUGGAAGGCCACUGUAG